AUCGAGUGUAGGAAGGAAGAGGAAGAAGAAGAGGAAGGAGAGAGUGAGGGAAGUGGUGAAGAGAGAGAGCAGGGAGAGCGAGUACAGACUGUCAAGGUGGAAGAGAGAGAGCAGGGAGAGCGAGUACAGACUGUCGAGGUGGAAGAGAGAGAGCAGGGAGAGCGAGUACAGACUGUCGAGGUGGAAGAGAGAGAGCAGGGAGAGCGAGUACAGACUGUCGAGGUGGAAGAGAGAGAGCAGGGAGAGAGAGUACAGACUGCCGAGGUGGAAGAGAGAGAGCAGGGAGAGAGAGUACAGACUGUCGAGGUGGAAGAGAGAGAGCAGGGAGAGAGAGUACAGACUAUCGAGGUGGAAGAGAGAGAGCAGGGAGAGAGAGUACAGACUAUCGAGGUGGAAGAGAGAGAGCAGAGAGAGCGAGUACAGACUGUCGAGGUGGAAGAGAGAGAGCAGGGAGAGAGAGUACAGACUGCCGAGGUGGAAGAGAGAGAGCAGGGAGAGAGAGUACAGACUGUCGAGGUGGAAGAGAGAGAGCAGGGAGAGAGAGUACAGACUAUCGAGGUGGAAGAGAGAGAGCAGGGAGAGAGAGUACAGACUGUGGAGGUGGAAGAGAGAGAGCAGGGAGAGAGAGUACAGACUGUCGAGGUGGAAGAGAGAGAACAGGGAGAGAGAGUACAGACUGUCGAGGUGGAAGAGAGAGAGCAGGGAGAGAGAGUACAGACUGUCGAGGUGGAAGAGAGAGAGCAGGGAGAGAGAGUACAGACUGUCGAGGUGGAAGAGAGAGAGCAGGGAGAGAGAGUACAAACUGUCGAGGUGGAAGAGAGAGAGCAGGGAGAGAGAGUACAGACUGUCGAGGUGGAAGAGAGAGAGCAGGGAGAGAGAGUACAGACUGUCGAGGUGGAAGAGGGGGCAGCGGUAAGUGAGCAAGACACAGAGAUUCCAGAGAAAGAACAUAUUGAAACAGUGGCAGGAGAGAAAGCGGAGGAGGUCCAGUCUCGUCCUUCUGCCCAGCUCAGUGUCCAACCUAUGGUCAGGAUUGAGAUGGAAUGCAGUGACGAUGACCAGAGUGACAGCGGGGUGUCCACUGACUUCUCCCCUGUCAGCACACACGAGAUCCACACGACCACAGCCCCCAUCAUAGACAACAAGGCUCCCCCACCCCAGAAAGAGACUCCCAUCGAGAGGGAGAUCCGGCGAUCUGCUGAAAGGGAGCAGAGCCUGCCACGGUCCAGGUGCAUGUCAAAUACCCAGGAAGGUCAGGAGGUGGUCGACAUCUCCCUGAUGAAGACUCCCCUACUGGCUAAGACACUGUCCUCUAAGGCAGGGCCGGGGCAGGGCGCUGACUGGCAGUUCUCAGAGAAGAAGAUGCAGAAGGAGAUCAGCCAGGAGAUCCAGAGGGAGCUUGUCCUGGUGAACAUGGGGAAGAUCCCUGGAGUCUAUAGCAAGGGAACAGUACGCCAGAUGAGGGAGAGGAAGCUGCUGUUUGAAGCCUUCCAACAAGGCAAUGCAGAAAGACCCACCAGGCACAGGAGACCCCUCACCACAGCAGGUCUGGGGAUGAGAGGUCAUGUCUACCCCUCUGUGCUGGAGAGGACGCGUAGCAUGGAGCUUAUCUCUUUCAAAGGCUACCCUCUCUCAAGAGCCCACUCCCACCAGCUGUUUGACUUAAAGGCCCAAAAGGAGGCUAGCUCAGGCCAAAACCCAAGUGCAGAGAACCAACCUGCCGCUAAAGGAGCAGCAAGGAAGGUGGUUAUUCUGGCAAGUGACGACACAAUCAUAGCCCACUAUCCAAACCGAGACAUAGGAGCCCAGCGCCUCUACAGAAGCCUAGACUGCCUAAGUAUAGGGGGCACUGUCUCUACAGAGGAGGAGCACACGGAUGAGGUGAGGGGAGAACAGCCAAGGAAUGAGGACGAGGGCUCUGACAUCCUUAGGGAGAACCCCUUCUUUAAGCUGCGUCCCUCCCUGGCCAUGAAGCCGGAGGUGGAGAAGGACAUCCGGGAAGCCAGGGAGAGGGAGGAGGAGCUGCGCAGGCAGAGGUGUAGUCUGUACGGAGAGGCAGGAGUCAGUGGGGGCAGGCCAGACGGCACAGAGGACCCCAGCCCAGAGUCACCUACCACACGCAUUCCCUCAUCCACCUCCUCUUUCACAGCAUCAGUUGAUGGCCGACAAUCCAAGGGGAAGUUGGAUCGGACCUGGCCUCCUCCCAAUCCUAAGAGUGCUAGGGAGAACCUUGGACAAACACAGGAGCCCAAGGUUUACAAGGCAGGCAGCCAGAAAACUCCUCUGUGGCAGCGUUGGGAGGCAGGUAUGGUGAACGGGCCACUGCCACGGGAACAGGACUGAUACUGGAGGUCACCAAUACCAGGACUUCUAUAAGAUUAGCGUUUCAAAUGUAUCACUAAGGAACUGGGAUGGUAGAACUGCAUAAUUCACUACGAUGGCAGAAACCAGAAUUAGUAUUAGCUUGAACAUUCCAUGCGUUGUAAGACUAGCAUCUGUUUUGUAUAUGACGUUACAAUUUCAUGACAAAUAUUCACAAUGUAUAAAAAGACGUCCUCUCUCAUUUAACUGCUCUGCUUGUAAAGGUUUAACUCCUGUUCAGUGUUCGAUCAAAAUGACAAAUGUCAUCCAUAAUACAGAGAAAUGUCAUUAUCAAGAAUUGCAUAAAUGUGAAGGUAAUCAAAACUACUAUAAAUGUUUCAGUAAACGCACAAAUGCCGCAAUCAAUAUCUCAGUUUUGUCCCAUCAGGCUCUGCUUAUCAGUAUUGUACAGUUUGUUAAUACAAUCCAGUGAGGAGAAAUUAAGUGCAUACAUUAAAUAUCCUUUUCAAAUCAA